AUGUUGUUUGACAAAAGAAAGAAGCAAGAAAUGAACAACGUCAAGAAAAUAUUUAAUAAUAAUGUGGAGAAACAACAAAUUUUUUCAGACCGGAAUGACCAGAUCGAUAGAAAGAAGUUUGGAGACGUUCUUACUCGUAGAUCAAAGCUUGAUCCCAUUAUCAAAGUAAGAUACACCAAACCUAGAAACGAGUCAUUAAAGCUUCAUCUUGUCAGGAAGAAAAUUGAGUAUGAGUACAUUGAAGUUGUAUUUUCCCGUGAGUUAGUCAAUUUUGGUUACAAUGAGUGGAUGCAAAUUCAAGAAAUCAUAGACAAGCACAAGGGUAUUCAUGCUCAAGAAGUGAAGUUGGCAAUUCAGCAGCUGCUCAGUAAAGUCAAGAAGUUGAACCUUGUGUCAUCAUCUAAUCAAAUGCUCUUUCAAUGCACUGAUGAUCUUCCUUCUGCUCUCACUGAACAUUUGUUUCAUCUUCGCUUGGAAGGACUUGGUCACUAUGAACAGGAAAGAGGAUAUCGCGUGCUGAUAUCUUUGGAGCUUAGUAGAAGACUGGAUGAACUUAAACUUGAUCAAUUCAGAUGGGUCAAGCCUUAG